UGGGUUUUUCCAGCCGGAGCCUCACUCCCUUUACUGCAAUCUCUGGAAAUUGGUGUCUGACGCGGCUGCUCCGGCACAUUAUUUAUUGAUUCCUCUGGCCCCCGUGGAGACCCUCCCGUCAGGAGAGCUACCGCCCCGGGAGCGGGGGCAGGCGGGAAGCGCGGCCGGGCCACAAGAGGCAGAGGGUAUGGAGGGAAGGACGGUUCAGCAGCUCCCACCCUGCUCAUCAAGCCCCACAGGGGCCGUGAGCACCAGGCAGGAGGCCAGGAGAGAGGAGGGAGACUCCAGGAGGAGGGGACAGGAGGCAGCGCUUGGGGACCGAGGCCCCCUGAGCCAGCAGCGCCGGCUCAGACAGGCCACCCAGUUCCUGCACAAAGACUCUGCCGACCUGCUCCCCCUGGACAGCCUCAAGAGGCUCGGCACAUCCAAGGACUUGCAGCCGCACAGUGUGAUCCAAAGACGCCUGGUGGAGGGCAGCCAGAGUCGGCUGCAGGGGGAGUCUCACCUAGUGCAGGCCCUGGUUCGUGGCCAGGAGGGCAGGAGGAAGACCAGCAAGAUGGAGGUCCCAGCUCUUCUGGUCAACUGCAAGUGCCGAGACCAGGAGCUUCGGGUGGCCGUGGACACGGGCACCCACCACAACCAGAUCUCCGCUGGGUGCCUCAGCCGUCUGGGGUUAGGGAAGAAGGUCCUCAAAGCCCCAGGUGGGGGCUUGGCACCUGGGCCCCCCACCCAGGUGGAGCAGCUGGAGCUGCAGCUGGGCCAGGAGACGGUGGCCUGCUCGGCCCAGGUGGUGGAUGUUGAGAGUCCCGAGUUCUGCCUUGGACUACAAACUCUGCUUUCUCUCAAGUGCUGUAUCGACCUGGAGCGUGGAGUACUGCGCCUGAGAGCUCCCUUCCCAGAGCUGCCCUUCCUGCCUCUGUACCAAGAGCCUGGCCAGUGACUGCCGAACCAGUCGGUCCCCAGGGGAAGGACCUUGCCUUGGGGAAGAGCUGUAUGGGGGAAUGGGGCAUUACUCCAGCCAGGUAGCUGGGGACGACCAUGUCUGUCCCUUCUGUUGCCACCCUGACCCUGCCGUCCCGUUUCCCUCAGUCGGUCACAUUCCUCACUGCUUCUCAGCCACCGCCCAAUCCUCCAGGAGUCUUCCAGAGAGAGGGCCCGUGAUCUCAGGGGCCUGGCUUCUCUGUUCCCAUUCCCCUCCAAGUCAGGACUGCAGAAAGGGACGUUAAGCAUGGCGUGGGAAGCGGCCCGAGUCAAAGGCUGUGGCUUGUACCGUCCUUUGCCUGUCCCCUGCCAUCCGCCCCACCCACCCCUCGGUGGCCUUCACUCCCAUGCCCCUCCCCUUGCCUUCCGGGGCUCCUUACCUUUCCCGACUGGACUGCCGCACCUCACCCACUCGGGGCCCUGUCCCUGCUGACGCCCACCUUUCUGAUUCUGCACACAACUGCUCACAGUUGAGUGGGGGAAGAGACAGGCAACUGAACGCUCCAAUGCAGUGGGAAGGUGAGUUGGUAGAGGAAUGCCAGGCUCACAAGGCUGGGAGCUUCCUCAGUUACCUUUUCCGGGGUUACCAACGUCUGAAGCCAGGGAUCGCCCUGUGCAAGAUCUUGGAUUGACCUCUACUGUUUCUCCAGGCAGCUCUCCUCCACUCGCUUUUGUUACACAUUGGGACCCUGAACUUCGGGGGGUGGGUGGGGUGGAGGAGCGCUGUCAGGAACUGCCCCCACAAGGUGGACAGGAUGGCAGGGUGCUCAGUACUCAGACUUCACCUAACCACUAUUCUUUCUUAUUUGUAGAACCCCUCGCCUCACUAGACCCUCUCCCCCCCCUCAUCUCUGGCCUCCUGAGCUUGAGCUCAUCUUAUUUUGGAAUCAGUGGCUUUCUAUCCCCCGCCAGGCUCUGAGCCAAAGCAAAAAGACAAGGAGGCUUUUCAUCUUCACUGUGAAGGGAGGAACCCAGACCUUCAGGAGCCAGACCCCCAAGCAUCUUUCUGGCUGGUUUCAGUCUCUUUCAGGUCAUGGAUUAGGGGUAGAGGAAGACGGUGGUCUAACUAACCUCAGCUAGGAAACUAGGGCCCUUGGAGUGGAAACGAAGUCUUGAGUCUGGGUAGAUCAGAGGAGAAGCAGGAUACCACCCAACUGCCCUGUGACCUCUGGUCUUGCCUUUCCCUGCUGCGUUCCCUGCAGUCAGAGGAAGAGGAGGGGGCUCACUAGUACAUGUGUAAUCAGGAUCCCCUCACCCCUCCUGCCUCGCCCCAUCACCUCGGCUUUCCUGGCCCUGCCUUUUCCCUUCCGCCUCUUGCUGCUUCUGUGAUUGCGGACCCUGUACCCAGGGGCAGGCCUUCAGCUCAGCUGCUUUUCCAUUUGAAUAAA